GCAGUUUGCGGACAAAAAGCGCGCAACCAAUGAAAAAAUACUUUUGAAGUCUGUUUCUAAAAUGUUAACCAAUGCUCGUCCUCCUUUAAUUUACAUACUGUAAGAUACACCAAUCGGUAUAUAGAGAAGAAAGCCAUAUAUCACCGAAUUGUCCAAUGAUCGGCGGGGAGGCAGAGUUUGAGGUCUGCAUAUUAUUAACAUGUUAUUAUUGGAGGUGUUUAGAUAUUGAUCCUGUAUUUCGUGUUAGUUACAAACUCGCGUCUUGGACAACCAGUUAAUACAGAACUAUAGAUACGUACAACAGGAAAACCGAAGAAAAUGCCGAAAAGAAAGUCUCCAGAGGGUGCUGAAGGCAAAGAUUCUACUAAAGUGAUCAAGCAGGAGCCCACGAGAAGAUCUCAGAGGCUGUCUGAGAAACCGGCUCCACCCAAACCUGAGGCAAAGCCCAAGAAGCCAGCCGCUAAGAAACCAGCAGACGACAAGGCUGCGAAGGGCAAGAAAGGAGGGAAGGGGAAGAAGGAGGUGAAGCCGGAGGACUUGCCGGCGGAGAAUGGGGAGGCCAAGACCGACGAGCGUGUGCGCCUCUCGGAGUGCGGGCCCCGCCUCGCUGUGGGUCAGAGGGCAGAGUGAGGCAGUGAGAGUGAAGGGAAACUGAGGCUGCCGAACCAACCGCAGAGGGGAAGGAAUGAGCAAAAAAGCAUCUUACAUGAACUUUUAGUUGAUUUUAUGCACCUCUUGUACAAUGGGAAAGAAGGAUAUUUUUUAUCGAGUUUUUUGUAAAUGCUAAUUUUUUUAGACCUGUGGUAGUGUGAGUAACCUGUACACUCUGUUCAUCUUUUUGUUGAACACCCCCCCCCCCUCCCAGAACUAGUGAAUCUGGUCACCUGGCCAUACUUUCCACUCAACCCCACUCCAGAAAAAUAAAUAAAUAAAUGACUUUGAGGGGGGGGGAACACAGCAGAGCACAUAGGAACUUGCCCUAGGUUAGCAUGACCGGGACCCUGGGGGGGGGGUCUCUUAACACCAGCUGCUCUUCCCACCGUCAGCCUAACUGCUGCCUUCUAAUAUCCGAGGACGCAUGACGGCACGGCAUCUCCCGCCCGGGGUGUCUAAGCUCACCCAGAAGCCCACACCCAUUUUGAUACACCUGACUGGGAUUUCCGUUGAUACUCCGCUGCCGCUUUAGUUUCAGUCGGCUGUCCCACGUAGAGCUUUGGCGGGACGCCUGUUUCACUCCCUUUUUCUUAUUAUGACGGAUAUUUUAAUCUCAGCAAUAAUGAGUGGUGCUUUUACUAGAAGGUUCUGUGCAGCGCAGGUAGUCGUGAUCAUUUGCCGCCUGUUUGGGAUUUAUUCUGUGGAGCUGUUUUAAAAUAAAAAGGAAACUAGUCUUGUGUACCGAGUGAA